AUCUCGUCGAGCCUGACUUCCAGCCUGUGUCCGCCACUGUCACUUCGGAUCAGUCACAGGUGUGUCACGGCGCAGUAUCGCAUCUGGAUCGCCGCAGAUAGACGUCCACCUUGCCGUGCCGUUACCAGCAGCGCCAGAGACAAAGACAACUAUCGAAAGCACGAAUUAGUGGUCAAUGAAGAGCAUGAUGAACACAUCGUUGGACUUGGUGCCCCUGUGAUAGACCUCGGUAUGCCCUGCCGUUCCCGGACUUACCAAAGAACGUUCACGGGAUGUUGGCGGUGUCGCGAGCGCAAAGUGAAGUGCGACAGAUUCGAACCGUUCUGUACCCCAUGCAGGAAAGCUGGGCUGGUAUGUAGCGGGUAUCAGCGAAACUUGGUGUGGGUCUCGGCCGACCAGAGGAAGUAUCGACACAACGGAAGACGCUUUUUAGAGCCGUACCAGACUUGGAAGAACCAACCUGUUCUGUCUUCGGACGAACUUGACGGCCUCAUCAGCGGCUGCGACAUUGGCUGCCAGGGCCAGGCACAUCUCACGUCUUGUCUGCCAUUUUCGGCGUUCCGAGCCUUCCUAGAGUCGUCCCGGGUCGAUGCUAGGAUUCCUGGAAUCUGCGUCGCCACAGAGAGCGAAGACGCGUGCGGUGGAGCCAUACCCAUAGUUGGCAAUGGUAUCUCUGUAGAGAAUUCGCGAGAGAAUUCAGCGCAGGAUUUCUCGUCAUUUUGCGACAUCCCACAAGACCAGAGCCUCGAGUCGGCACCUGCUGCUGGUCUCAUUGGGCUGUCUAUCCCACUGUUGAUUAGGGCUGAAAACAGAAUUACGUCUACCCAGGCGAGCCUCUUCAGUGUCUAUCUCAAUGCGGUAACACCAACAUUGGUACCCGUCCACGGAGCACAAAACCCAUGGCUGAGGUAUCCUGCAAUUGCUCUGCACUCGAGCUUCCAGGAGGGCAGAAACCAUCUGCUACAUGCUCUACUGGCUCACGCUGCAUUCUUUCUUGGCCACACAGGCUACGAUAAAGACACCAUGUUUGCACUAGGGUCAAAAUAUUAUUCGUCAGCUAUGGCAGAACUUCGUGCUUAUCUUCGGGAAGGCUCAACAGACUAUAUUGGAUUACUGACGACAGUACUCACCUUCCUAUUAAUAGAGUUGUCUCGCGGCAGUACUCAAUCCUGGAGACAUCACUUGCAGGCUGCCUGGAGCUUCCUUCAGCACCAACAGAAGUCUAAAACGUGGCUACACUCUUCAGACGCCUGGUAUGUAACUCAGAGCUUCCACUUGCUCAAGACAGGCGCGGAUUCCACGGGCUUCAUCGACGGAAACGCUGCGCAAAACACCGAAGCACACGACAAUAGCGAUGUCUUGGCCCAAGAAGUUAUGUGUAAUCCUGGUUACGGAUGGACGAUGGGCACAUCGAGCUCUGUCAUCGAAACGAUUGCAGACAUCAAUACCUGUGCAAAGCAGCUUGAAGCGAGCGAUGCGGACGGCUACCUCGCAACCAUACCUCUGCGCUUAACCCGGACGCUCAUGAGGUAUCAACGCGAAGUCUUUGCCCUGUCUACAAGACUCGACUACCUAGUGCAAGAUCCUGAACAUCUGCAUCUUCAAGCCUUCCAAGCGGCCACGGUAAUAUAUUACUACCAAGUCUGCGAUGACACAACGCCUAGACAACUGUCAUAUCUGGUCACCACCGUUCUCGAUCUUCUAUCGGCCUUCUUUGAAGUAUGCGGCGGCAGCUUCACCUUAUGGCCUGUCUGUGUGGCUGCAGCCGAGGCUUACAGAGAAGAUGACCAGGCCAAAUUCGUGACUCUUCUUGAGAGGGUUGCACGUACUGGGAGAAACAUGUCAAAUUAUAUGAUUCUGCUGAGACAUAUUUGGGAUGUCCGAAGAUCGAGAGCGGCCGUCGAAGGACGAGGAAUAGCUGAUACAAGGGUUGACUGGCGAGAAGUGAUGCGCGAACUUGAGAUGGAUUUAUUGCUUCUGUAGUUCAUAGCAAGAUCCUUUUUGCAGAUAUCCAGCCCCGUCAGAUAUGCGAUGCUCAUCCAAAGGGGGAACAGCCUAGCUAUGAACAUAAAA